AUGCGAGACCUGUUCAGUUGUGCCAAGAGGAAACGCAAAAGAGACUACUAUGAUUAUUUCGUCUACCACAGACAGCGGUCAAUCUUUGCCGAGAAGCCGUACGCAGAGAACAAAGCAAAGCAAGAGUGGCUUUUCCUCGGCAUGAUAUCAGGCAAACUCCAACUACAAGAUAACAUCACCGAGGUGGUUUAUUGGCUGGGACGCAACUCGCAUACUGUCUUGGAAGACUACACAGACCGCGACGUUCUGGCCAGGCUCAAGAACACAGAGAUGUGCAACUCUCUCAAGUUCAAUCUUUCUUUCGCUCACAACGCUAUGGAAAACGCUGUUGCCAUGUACACCGGGUCAUCAAAGUUCCUCUCGGCGGAACCUCAUCUGGCUGUUUGGGCCAUGCAGCCUGAUCCCAAGUCAUCAUCUGAUUGGUCAUUUAUCCGCCUCAUUAGAUGUGUCCGACUGGCCAGUCGUGAUAUAUCUGAUGAUUACGUGGCUUAUGAGAUGAUUGAUAACCUCCACUCGGCCCAAGCCACCGUCAGUGUUGCUUUGACAUAUGUGGUCCACCACCUGAACCAGAACCCUGGCUGGACGGCCAAGGCCCGCGCUCAGAUCGAGGCGUUGCCGGGGGAGGACGAUGGCCUCCCGGUCUGGCAGCGAAUCGAAAAAUCCCCUAUUCUGGAAGCUUCCCUGAGAAAGUCCUAA